ACAAGCAACCUGGAAUUCGAUUUAAGUUUACCAGGUGUGCAUAUUUUUCGAAUGAAAUCGAUCCAAGAUAUCGUUUGUUUUGUGGCACACAAAGCCAACUACGAUAACGUCCCGGAAAAACUGUCAAAAUGUCACGUGGAAUAGUUGAUAGUCAUUCUGGAACCAUCAUGGAAGACGAACGCAUGGAACGGAACACGAUCGUCGAUAUUCGGCACACGCAAUGUGCGGCCAUCGAUAGCAUCUCCCGGAAGGUGGUAGCUUUCAACCAAAAUGAGCCGUAUUACAGAGCUUACGUCAAAAGAGGAACCAAGAGCAAUCAGUUGCACCGGCUUGGGGCAAGAAUCCUGCUCAUAUUGGGCUCAAUUUUGCUGUACAAUCUCAUCUUCGGAACUUCCUCCAGCGGAAGGUAUGAGGAACCGUCAUGGCUUGCUUGUGCAAUCGGCAAAAUGUUGGGCAUCGAGGAUCGAAUUUACUAUUGACGAAAGCGGAGUCUCACUUCCCGAACCG